UAGCUUGAUAAUCAACUAAAUCUACAUGCAGAAUGGGUCCACUUAUGUUGUCAUAAUUAAAUUAAACCAGAACAUGAUGAUAAACUUCCUUGUUUAAAUUUUAUUGAAGGAUAACUCAAAUGAGCAGUGAAAUUUUCAAUAUCGCAAUUGUUUUAUGCUUGAAAUGACAGACUGUUUUGUUGGCUAUUCCCUUCUUCUGCUCUUUAACUGUUUUAAUACUGGAAUCACAUGCGAACCACGUAAUCGCUAUGGAUGGUUCGGCUCAAAGUGGCAGUACAAAUGCCAUUGUGUCAAUUCAUGUGGUGCUGAUGGGGAAUGUAAAGGUGGAUGUGCAAGUGGAUGGUUUGGAGCCAAAUGUCAAUAUCAGGAUCUGAUAACAUUUGCCCAAGGAAAGAUAACAUCAGAGAAUGAGGAGGUUUCUGAGUUACAAGACAACAACGAUAAAACGUGUAGCGACAAAAAGACCAUAAAAGUUGAUUUCAAAACUGAUUAUUACUUUAGUUGGCUCAGGGCUGUGGUAGAGUAUUCUCAUUCAACCAGACCAAGCAUUUUGCUUCAGGAUAAUGCAAAUAAAGUGAUACAAUGUACAGUGAACAAGGUUAUUGUAGUAGACAAUAUAUACAUGGACAUUCAAUGUUUUGCAAGUACGCCAGUUCGAUAUCUGAUUAUGCAAACUGAAGGUGUAAAACUAUGUACACUUUGGGUCAGUGGAGGUAAAAACGUGGCUCUGAUGCAGACAGCGAGUCAAAGUUCUACAUUUACAAGUAGUGAAUUAUCGCACGCUUGUAACGCAGUAGAUGGAAAUACAAAUGGUCAAUAUAUUGGUCGCAGCUGUUCACAUACUGAUCAAGAUGAUCCUAAUCCAAACUGGGAGUUAUCUUUUACAAAUCCAUCUCUUGUAAACAGAAUUGUCCUAUACAAUAGGAUAGAAGCUUCUCGGCGUCUGCAGCAAUUUAAUGUCGACGUGCUGUAUACAACUACGUUGUGGAGUUCCCAUCCUUUGUAUGAUAGUCGGAACAUUACGAUAUUUACAACACCGAAUCAGAUGGUUACAUUUCUUCGUGUUUCUUUAAAUCCGAGUGCACUAAUACACAAUGAAAAGUAUCUUACACUUUGUGAAGUAGAAGUCUACUCAGAAUGUCCUCAAGAAUCAUGGGGCUUAGAAUGUGACAAAACCUGCGACCAAAAGUGUGACAAAAGUUGUCGCCAAGAUGAUGGUUUGUGCACAAAUAACUGCAUUGGAUUCAGAAACCCUCCUCUAUGUUCAAUAGCCUGUAGAUCUGGUUUCUAUGGUAGAAACUGCUCCGAAAAAUGUUCUACAUUCUGUAAAUCCCAAGUAUGUGAUUCAAGAAAUGGUCUAUGUAAAUCUUGUAUUACAGGAUACAAAGGAGGAUACUGUAAUGAAGAAUGUCCAAAAGGAACAUGGGGAGAUAAGUGCUCAAAUAAUUGUAGUUUGAAUUGUAUUACAAACAAUGAAUGUGACAACAUUAAAGGCAAAUGUCAGAACGGUUGUAAACCUGGAUUCCAGCCUCCUAAUUGUGAAAAAAAAUGUCGAAAAGGAACAUGGGGAGAUAAGUGCUUAAAUAGUUGUAGUUUGAAUUGUAUUACAAACAAUGAAUGUGACAACAUUAAAGGCGAAUGUCAGAACGGUUGUAAACCUGGAUUCCAGCUUCCUAAUUGUGAGGAAAAAUGUCCAAAAGGAACAUGGGGAUAUAAGUGCUCAAAUAAUUGUAGUUUGAAUUGUAUUACAAACAAUGAAUGUGACAACAUUAAAGGCGAAUGUCAGAACGGUUGUAAACCUGGAUUCCAGCUUCCUAAUUGUGAAAAAAGUUGCAGUAAAGGAACUCAUGGAUCUCAGUGUUCCCAAAAUUGCUCAAACAAUUGUCUGCAUAAUGAUUGUAACACCGUCUCAGGAAUUUGUUUUAAUUGCACAUCAGGAUAUCUAGGAAAAUAUUGCGAGCAGUCAUCACUCAGCACCUCAGGCCAUUCGACAGUAAUCGUUAUAACACUUGUCAUCUUAACCUUGUUGAUUGUGGUAGCAGUAGUAGUUCUUAUUUGGAGGUUUAGAAAACGUGACACAUCACACUUCAAAUUGUUGCCAUUUAGUAAAAAGUCAGUAACUAGCUGCAAUAAAUACAUCGAAGAUGACAUGGAGCUUGACUUACGAAUUACUGAAAUAAAAUCUGAAUCUCCAGUAGUCAAGAUAUCUGAUAUCACUUCAGUAUCAGUUAAUGUGAUCCAGGCUUAUUUAACUUCAAAAGGAAGAGAAUUCUUUUUUCAGCAAUUUAAGAGUGUUAUUCAACCGAAGAACGUAACAACUGAAGCAGCUCUAAGUGAUGAGAACAGAGGAAAAAACCGAUACAAAAAUAUUUCUCCUUACGACCAUUCUAGAGUUUGUUUAAAGAUAAAUAUUGAUAGCAAGGAAGGAGAUUACAUUAAUGCUUCAUAUAUAAAAAAUUACAAGGGGGAAAUAAAGUUUAUAGCUUCUCAAGGACCUAACAAAGUUAUGAUCGAUGACUUUAUCCGAAUGUUAUGGGAACAGAGGACGGACGUCAUAGCAAUGUUGACAAGAACAGUGGAGAACGGAAAGAUAAAAUGCGAACAAUACUGGCCUGAGAAAGGCACUCUUCAUUUUGGGAAAAUUAAAGUAAAACUAUUAUAUACAGAAACAUUUGCAGACUUUUCAAUCAGAAAGUUGGAACUUAUCAAGAAAGAUGAAAUAAGUCACAGUGUAACUCAACUCCACUUUCAUUCCUGGCCAGACCAGAAUGUGCCGUCAUCUCCAUGGGGUCUUUUAGAAUUCAAUCACAAAGUCUCAUCCAUUCAAACCUCUAAACCUAUUGUCGUCCAUUGCAGUGCUGGUGUCGGUAGGACUGGAACGUUUAUUGGUCUGUGUGAUUUGAUUGACCAAGCAAGAGAGACUGGAUGUGUUGAUUUCUUCGAUACCUUGGUCAGGCUUCGACAAGACAGGAUGUGGAUGAUACAGACAGCGGAGCAGUAUAUCUUUCUUCAUAAAGCUGUCCUGGUAUCUUCCUUGUACUUAGGGACUUAUAAUGAAGCAAAUGAAUUUUAUGAAAAAGCUGGUGAACUUGGUCAAAAAACGUCAUCUGGAAAAACAAAACUGGAAGAGGAAUAUCAGAAUAUUUGUAGCACCUCUGCUUACUUAGAAAGUGAUUCCAAUAAUGUGGCUGAAUCUGAAUCUGAAGAAACCAAAAAUGUUUAUGAGAAUAGUGCUAGUGUUAAGACAUCAAGGAAAAAUAGAUUUAGUAACAUUCUUCCAAAAUCUGACUACCGUGUUUUCCUGGCUAGUGAACCAAAAGAUUCUGGAACUUACAUUAAUGCAGUAUUUGUUCAGAAUUUCAGACACAAAGACCAACAUAUUUUGACACAGCUUCCCAUGCCUCAGACACUUGUAGACUUCUGGAGAAUGGUCACUGAAUAUAAAGUGUCUCUUGUUGUGUCUUUUGAGUCAGAUACAUCAGCAACAGAUGAGUCUGUAGCAGAAUAUCUCCCCAGCAAUGAAGAUCAAGUCAUAAUGUGUACACCUUUCAAAAUUAGUUCAGCAUAUAGAAAAGAGACAGACUUGUGGGAGGAAAGAAAUCUGACAGUUCAUAAAAAAUCAGAACAUCACAAACUAGUUCAUUUAAAGAGCAAGUUCACUGACCUAGAUUCCAGAAAAUUACUCACUUUCAUCAAACAAUUGAGAUCUUAUGAUGCCUCUGGUAAAACAGUUUAUAUGUGCAGAAAUGGUGCUACCUACAGUGGACUGAUUUCUGUUUUGUGCAAUCUUAUGGAUAGACUGGACAAUGAUAUGUCUUGUAGUAUACCCAUUGCAGUAGGUUUGAUAAAGUCUGUCAGACCACAGGCCAUAUCUACAUUGGAGCAGUACAAAUUACUGUUUGAUAUCCUCCUAAGGUACACAGAGAACUCUAGUGUCUAUGGUAAUGUUAGUCUGAAAACACAGAAGACUCCAUAAAUUGAACUGGAUACAUACUCAUACUCUAAAUUGUUCAGGUUUAUGACAUUGGAAAAUGGUUGUAAAUUGGAUUCUGCCUUUAUAUUAUAGCAGUCAAAAAUAAAAUGUAUUCUACUCAAAUAGUGUUUAUUUUAGUAUGUAUAUAACCAAAUUUUUCAAUAAAUUAAGCUUGCACAUUUUUUUUUUUUCUAUUCUUUUUCUUGUAACAAUUUUUAUUUAAAAGUCACUUGCUGUCACUUAAUAUUAACAAGAAGUUUUUUUUUUGUUAUACCUUGAAAUGUUAUACUCAAUGAAACAUCAAACUUUGUUGUACAUGAGAAAUAUAGUGGGAUUUAAAAUGUUAUAGGACCUAUUGCUAAAGUCUUAGUAAGUAAUUUGAAAUAAAUAAAUAAUUUGGACAUUUUUAUAACUAAACAACAUUGUUCAGUCAUUCAUAUUUUAACAUCUUUUCAAGGGGUGGGAAAAUUAUUUUUUAAAAAAUUCAUAUUAUUUUUAUAUUGAAUUAGCUUUGAAAUUUAUUUAUAUAUGUGACAAUCUUUAAUUAUAUUUAUAUGAAAUUCUAGUAAUUAGACUUUCUUUGUUAGAUGAAGAAGAUAUUUCCUGUAAAAUUCUUUAUUUAUUGUUUUACAAUAAUAAAAAAAAACAAUAUUGUAUGAAAUGAAUUAUUUACACAUUCAGUAUGACAAUUGUCAUUCACCUAAACAUAUUUCUUACUAAAUGUUGAGAUAUAACCCUCCAAAAAAUGUUUAUUUGUAUUUCCACAUACCAUUAUUUCAAGCAUAGUUUUGGCUGUACAAUUCAUGACACAGAUACUUCAUUGUUUUAUAUUAGUUUGAGAUUUAGUUGUUGUAAAAGAGUGUAAGUAAAGUUCCCCUUUUGGACCUUGCGACUUAUAGGGCAGAUGAUGUUAAGGUCAUCUGUUGCUAGGCCAAUAGUUAACGAGCAGGUUGUCAUGUGGCCAGCACAAUGACCAACCACCUUUACUAGUCUUCACCUAUAUUCAAACCAGGACCCAAGGUUCGUAAGCCAAAUGCUAAACUACUCAGCCACCACUCCCUGUGUUGUGGUGAAAAUAUCUCCAGCAAUUUGAUCAUAAAGUAACUCUUGAUGUAGAUUUCAGUUAAAAAAAAUGCUUUUUUUUUUAAACUUUAUUUAUUUCAUUAGUUGUUGUUUCUGGGUUUAUAUCUUCCACUUUGUUUGAUGAUUCUUUGACACAUAUUAAUUUUUCCUGAUGUAGACGUUUAUUUUUAUUUUUUUUAUUGUGAUUUUUUGGGUCAAGUUAACAAGCGUCGAGGUCAUGUUAACACUAGGACUUAGAGAAAACACGAGCUUCAUAUUUUCAAAGGACACAAUGUGAGGAUUCUCCUAAUGAUACAGCUCUGUUUUCAGAUCUGCCAUUGUGUGCUGAUUCUGCUGAAACCUUUUCGAAAACAAUUCAUCUGUGAAGAAUUUGUUGGCAGUUAAUUAGUAGAUUAAUUGUGAUUUUAGGACAUGAAAACAUCAUUGUAUUUUAAAACAUAUGUUUCAAAUCAUUUCUAGAUACGCAUUUUAAAAAUGAAAUGAUGUUACUAUUCGCCUCACAACCUUGAUUAGUUAAUUUGUUGACUUGAAUGACUUAAGUGAAUGGUAUUUGGUAUUGUGUCAGGCGGAACCAGUGCCCUACCUGACAUUCAUUCUUGGACCGCAGUUUGAAGUCUCCCAAGUGCUUGGCAAGUGUAGCAAACUGCUGAAUAUUAACUCUUUUUCUCCAUAAUUAUUUACCACAUUCUGGUGGAAUCAACACUGGUAUCGUCAGUUAGGAGAGAAAGAGUUAAGUGAAGCCAUUUCUGUUACAUUUAUUUGAUAGAAUGCCAAGGUUAUUGUGGCCAGAUUUGUUUGCUGAAGCUCUAAACGUUAUUAUAGUUGUUGUUGCUACCUUAUUGUGUUGUACUUUUCAGAAAUAUUUGUUCUAAAAUGUACAUUAGCAAUGUCUAGUUGAAGAAUUGAAGUGCUCUGCAAAAGUUCAAUCUACUCGAUAUUUCCGUAAUGACAAUGAUGACAAUGAUUUCCAUAAUGACAAUGAUAAUAUGUUUUCCUUUUUUAAAAAUAGCAACAAAUAGGGUAACUGUUGAUGUACUCUUUUAAUAUAACACAUUUUUAACUUAUCUCCCCCCCCCCCCCCCCCCGAGACAUUUGAUAUGGUCCCUUCUCCGGGUUCUCCCCACCCUCAUUUGUUCAAUGAUUAUGUUUUUCACAUUAGCUUGUCAUGUACUUUAUUUUUCUGGUUUUUAAUGGUGCUGAAAUGAUCAUUGUCUGCUGACAUUCUGCUGUAAGUUUAUCACCUGUUUCUAUUUCUUUUGUAAUGGGUAUAUAAAGUAUGCAUUUUACUAGGAAAUCGUUAGAACUCUCAGACAAAUCAUAAGUAACAAUCAAUAUUUGUACUAUGAAUUAAUAUUAAGAAACAAAAAAAAUACUGUACCACACCAGCCACUGAUUUGUCAAAGGUUAUAAGUUUUACUUUUGUUUGUUUUUUUUAAUAAUAUUUUUCAUAUAUUACAUAGUACUGUAAUUUACAGUUUUAUUUUUUUAUUUUAAAUAUUGUCUCACUUUAAACAUUUUUUAUUGUUUUAAUAAAGUUAUAUACCCCCAACAGGGGAAUCAAAAUGUUAAGUCAUUCCAAGUUGUUUGUUCUUGCUUUGUCAGCAUCAGAUGUGGCAACAUUGAGAUCUAAAAUGCCUUUGCAUGGUCACGUAAGAUACUGCACUCAUCCUUAAUCUUCGGAAUUUUUUUUUUUAGGUACCUGAUAUUUUGACCUUCGUUUAGGUGUUGGGGUUUACGUUCAUCCAUCAACUCCCACUUGUAGGCUACUCAAUGCAACUUAAUCCACUGUUUUAUUACGUUCCUUAUAGCUACUUAAUGUAAACUUAUUAAUAAACAUUAUUUUGUUGAACAGGACACUAAAAAUUACCUAGUUCGUUUUGUUGGUUUCUGGAGUACAAUGGUCAACAUCUUUACUUUAGUGACAUUACAGAGUGCGAGAAAUGCCAAAGUUCCAAAUCAAAAGAAUUCAAACUCUAGAACUUUAGUUUGAGAGAGCCAAGCAUCAUGUCACUCGAUCAUCACCCCCCCCCCCCCCCUAAAACAUACAUUUUACCUUGCAAGUAAUUUCUGAAUCGAUCCGCACAAUUUUCGGGCUGACAGGAGUCAAUUCAGUUUAGUAGACAAACAAAAAAUCUAUGAGCAUUCUAAACAGAGGUCCCAAAAUUGUUCAAGAGCGAUAUAAAUAGUAAAUUAUCCCUGACCUUGCGACCUAGGAGUCUGAUUAUUUGUCAUCUGUUUUAUUGCCGACGACUAACUAGGGCGCCAUGUGGCCACUACAACGACCAACCGCCUCCCACCCCCCAAAAUAAAGUUGGGUACUGUCAGGUUCUUGUAUUCUUGUAUUUAUCAAAUUAUUAUUAUAUAUUUCCAAUGCAAAUAUUUAUUAAUAUUAAAUAUUAUUUCAAUUUA